AUGACGAUUUUAUGCUGGCUGCUCAUUGGUCUAGCCCAUGGAUCUAAGAAUCUAUGGAUGGAGCGCAAGAGUCGCGUUGUUUUGAAGCAGCUCCGGCCCGGUCCGCGCUGCUCGCGUUUCACCGACCUUUUCGCAUCGAAAAAUCAUGUCGCGCUUGUAGCAAGAGUACAUCCCGAGAAGGAUCGCCGUAAGCCAGACAUUAGCAGCAAAUCAUCCCCGUUGGAGACUUACGAGAGGAUAAGCGGAAGGAUCAUCUCGUUAUCCCUAUCGUUCCCGAAAGAUAUCGUGGCGAUGAGAGGGAAUUGCUGGACAAGUUCGCCCAGGAUCAAGUUAAAAAUGAUCCAUUUUGCCAUCUAGAAGAAAAUGAUAUCUUCCUAAAAAAACAUAUAGAAAGAAAACGCAGAUUGAUAUUUAUUGUACAUGAAAUUUUUUUGUAUUAAAUUCUUACAGUCAGCAAAAAUACCUUAUGUAAAUUUUGUUUUAUUAUAAAAAUUUUUAAUUUAACUAUUACUCGAAAAUACUACAAAAUAAUACUCAAUAUAAAAUAACUAUGACGAACGAUAGCUUUCGGUAUUCGUUACAAAAAAUUUAUCAAAUUUAACAAAGAAUAUUCUGUUCUAUAUGUUGUUCUAUUUAUUACUGUUCGAUUGUGAACCACCCCGUGUAAUGUAUACCGCGCACACUUUAUUAUUCUUCUCCGCGUUACAAAGUAUUUUACAAUUUAUUCUAAGCAAGACUUAACAAAGAAUUGUCAUUAUAUUUAUACAGAGUGUAUUUUUAUUUAUAACAUUAUUUUAUUAAGAAUACUCCU